UAUGAAAAGGUUGUAAUUAUGGCUCAACUUUAUGCUAAAUUAGAUAAUCAAGAAGCCAUUAAUAUAGAAUCACAAAUUAAAAUUCAAGAGGAAUUUAAAGAUCAAAAUACAGUUAGAUAUAUAACUACUGA